AUGAACGGACUAGAGAUAUCACCAUUCAUCGCCUCGCUCCCAAAAGUCGAGCUUCACGUCCAUAUCGAGGGCACACUAACACCCUCGCUGAGAUGGAAACUCGCUCACAAGAAUAACGUCCCGUUACCAUAUGCGACGUAUGAGGCGCUCCUAGAAUCGUACAAUGUUCUCUACAACCACAGAAAGGAAGUCAAUGGCGACAAUGGCGCACCCACCUUUCUCGAGACGUACUUUGCCGGAACCCAAGUCCUGUGUGAGGAGGAAGACUUUUAUGAGCUUGGUAUGGAAUACCUGCAAAAGGCCAAAGAGAUGAACGUCCGUUAUGUCGAGCCGUUCUUUGAUCUGCAAGCAUAUCUACCUCGAGGCAUUUCGGCAGCGACUGUUUGUAAUGGAUACAUGAGGGCGCAAAGAGAAGGAGCCGAGAAAUUUGGAGUUCAAAGCAAUUGGAUCAUGUGCUUUAUAAGAAAUGAACCGCUCGAGGAAGGAAUCGCGGCGUAUCAAGCAGCGAGACCGUGGGCAAAGAUCCCCGGAGGCAAAGGACUUUUUCAUGCCGUGGGUCUUGCUGCCAAUGAAUACGACCGGCCGCCUCUUUUGUUUGAGAAGGCAUUUCAGAUGGCGAUUGAUGACGGCCUACAAGUCACGAUGCACUGCGACGUCGACCAAAAGGAUGCCGCCGACCACGUUCACGAAGCCAUCUUCUCCGUCUGUAAUGGGACUGGCACAAAGCGGAUAGACCACGGGCUCAACGCCGUUGACAGGCCAGAAUUGAUUCAAGGACUCAAGGAUAGGAACAUCCCGCUCACAUUGUGUCCACAUGCAUAUCACCGCCGACAAGCCACAGAAGUGCUAUUUCCCAAGAUCCGAAAACUCUACGACGAAGGCGUCAAAUUUUGCAUCAACAGCGAUGACCCAACCUACAUGCACAAUGUCUGGAUCGACGGCGCCAUGGAAAAGGUGUAUCAUUAUUGCAACAUGACCAAGGGCGACAUGAUCCAGUUGGCGCGCAAUGGUGUGGACAUGUGCUGGGCAGGCGAUGAGCUCAAGGCGGGACUAUUGAGAGAGCUCGAUGAGUUUGAAAGUAGAAUAAGUCAGGAACCAUAG